AUCCAUUCUCUCUCUACACAACUCCAACAAAAAGUAGUGUCUUUUCUCUUAAUCUCUCUUUGUUUCAACUUUCAAUAUGGAUGACAAAAGAAGCUUAAUGAUGAACAAGAACAUUGGAGAUUUCGAGAAUAACGUGGAUGAAGAAAUGGACCUAAGAAGAGGUCCAUGGACAGUUGAGGAAGAUUUCAAGCUCAUCAAUUACAUUUCCACUCAUGGUGAAGGCCGAUGGAACUCUCUCUCUCGUUGCGCCGGACUCAAACGGACCGGAAAAAGCUGCAGACUACGGUGGUUAAACUAUCUCCGGCCAGACGUCCGCCGUGGAAACAUAACCCUUGAAGAACAACUCUUAAUUCUUGAACUUCACUCCCGUUGGGGCAAUAGAUGGUCUAAGAUUGCACAAUAUUUACCAGGAAGAACAGAUAACGAGAUCAAAAACUAUUGGAGAACACGUGUGCAAAAGCAUGCUAAACAGCUUAGAUGCGACGUGAACAGUCAACAAUUUAAAGACACCAUGAGGUAUCUUUGGAUGCCUCGUCUCGUCGAGCGGAUCCAAGCCUCCGCUUCAACCUCCACCGGUUCUGCUACAACGUCGUCUUGCGUCACCACCCCUUCAGAUCAGUUCUUGAUGACGUCAUACGAUGCCGGACUCAAUAACAAUAACAACACCAACAUGGACCACUUGAAUUUCAUGAGCAACCCUAAUGGUUAUGUCACGCAGGAAACUUCAAGCGUGUCAGUGUCCCCGACGUCCGGUUUAACCGAGUAUCACAUCGGUAGUGAAGUGGAAAAGGUUGAGAACAACCAGGAUCAGAGUUUGGUGGGUCCACAAAUCAUGUCGCCGCCGCAGAAUUAUUUGGAUGUUAACGGUGGAUUGUUAAGCGAAGAUUUAACGCAGAGUUAUCAUAAUUGGUUUGAAAAUGAUAAUGGAAUGAUAUCUCCUUAUUCGGACAGUUUUUGGAACAUAGGGAGUGAUGAAGACUUUUGGCUCUUAUUACAGCAACAACAGCAGCUCGUCAACAAUGGAAGCUUCUGAAUAGACAAGAAAUUAUUUCUAAACAAGAAAAUAAGAAAGAAAAGAAUAGUAAAGUGGAUUAAUCAGUGUGUAAAAGGAAUUUGUAUUUGAAAAGGAGGGUUUCUUAAAUAUUAGCAAUUUUAAAUAUAUUGGGGGCAAUUAGGAGUUUGUUAUUUUUGGGUCAAUUUGAUUGGUUUGUGUUCCUUUGGGAUUUGAUACUAUAUUUAUGCCAAUAAUUUACAAAA